UUACAUUAUCUUUCCACUGCUCUCUUUAAGACCACUCAAUAUAUACGUAUAUUCUCCCUAUGUUGUUUUAGUUCUUCCUUUAUCAAAAUAUGUCGAAUGAAUUCUUCUUUCCAGUCUUACUUGAUAUCAUCAUUUUCAUUAUCUUACUAGAAACUGUUUUAGGAGAAAAUAGUACUCAAAACACAACAUUCAGAGCUUGUGAACCCAAAAAUUGUGGAGCCAAUAUAACCAUAAGCUAUCCAUUUUGGAUAAAUGGUGAACAUGAAUCAUAUUGUGGUCACCCUGAAUUUCAGAUAUCUUGCACCGAAGGAAAAAUUCCUAUUCUUCAUAUAUCCGAUGAAGAUUACCUUAUACACAACAUUUUUUACAAAAACCAGUCGCUUAUACUGACAAAUGCUGCUGCAAUUUAUGAUGAACCAAAUUGUCCAAUUCCUCAUCGGAACUUCACCGUCGUCGGCUCACCUUUCUUGCUCAGUACCUAUCAUAUUGAUCUAUAUUUCUUCUACAACUGUAGUUUGGUUCCUACCAAUUAUUCUGUAUUUCCAAUCACUUGUGCAAAAGGUUCAAAUGAGAGUCUUUCUUCUUAUGCAACAAUCAUCCGUGGACAAGAGGGGAAAAAAUUUAUGAACUCUAGCUCUGAGAAUUGUGAGUCCUUAGUUAGUGUUCCUAUAGAUAUGGAGGAAGGAAUGAGUUUAGAUUCUUUGAUGACAAAGCAGUACUCUGACUUGGUGAAAGAGGGUUUUGUUUUGACAUGGAAUUCAUCAGUAAGUACUGACUGCACUGCAUGCCAAAGAAGGGGUGGACGUUGCGGUUUUGAAAAUACUACCUUUGUAUGUUUCUGUGAUGGAUCUCCUCAGAACAGAUGCAUAAAUGGUGCAGCGAUUUAUCUGGGGUCUACUCGAAGGAAGAGCAAGAUCAUUAUAGGUGUAAUGGCCGCAUUUGGUGCAGUGGUAUUGUGUCUAUCUACUAUAAAGCUAAUCCAAUGCUUGAAAAAGGAGCCCUCGUUUGAUAAUGAUUUAUCAUCCCCGAGAUUUUGGAGGGUCAUAAAUAAGAAUGACCAAAACAUUGAGGCCUUCUUAAGAACUCAUGGAUCCUUAGCUCCAAAGAGAUAUAGCUAUAUGGAUGUCAAGAAAAUGACUAAUUCCUUCAAAGAAAAGCUUGGAGAAGGAGGCUGUGGUUCUGUCUUCAAAGGAAGGCUUCAUGAUGGUCGUCUGGUUGCUGUGAAGGUUCUAGUCAGCAAACCAAAUAGGGAUGACAAUGGAGAAGACUUCAUCAAUGAGGUUGCAAGCAUUAGUAGGACUUCUCAUGUUAACAUUGUUACGCUACUAGGUUUUUGUUAUGGUAAGCAUAACCAAAAAGCUCUUAUAUAUGAAUUUAUGCCUAAUGGUUCACUUGACAGAUUCAUUUACGGCAAAGAUCUAGCAUCAUCAGAACCAAGUGGUCUUAUCGUAGGAUGGGAAAUAUUAUACCAAUUUGCAAUUGGAAUUGCUCGUGGACUUGAGUACUUACACCGUGGUUGUACCACACGAAUUCUACAUUUUGACAUAAAACCUCAUAACAUUCUCUUAGAUGAAGAGUUUUCUCCAAAGAUAGCGGAUUUUGGACUAGCAAAGCUUUGUCCUCAAAAGGAGAGUAUCAUAUCUAUGUUGGGUGCUAGAGGGACUGCUGGUUACAUAGCUCCAGAAGUGUUCAGUAGAAACUUUGGUGGUAUUUCUCACAAGUCAGAUGUGUAUAGCUAUGGAAUGAUGGUGCUAGAAGUGGUCGGGAGUAGAAAGAACUUUGAUGUCAAAGUGGGGAUGAACCAUUCUUCACAACUUUAUUUUCCAGACUGGAUUUAUGAUCGUCUUAUUCAGGACCAAGAUCUUGGUCUUCAUGGGGUAAUGACCAAAGAAAGAGAGGACGCUACCAAAAAAAUGAUUGUAGUAGGUUUGUGGUGCAUACAAACGAAUCCCCUGAAUCGACCUUCAAUGAGUAAAGUGUUGGAAAUGCUGGAAGGAAAUGUCGAAGCCUUAGAGAUCCCACCAAAACCUUUCCUUUCUACUCCUCCGAAUUUGCAGCAACCAUCAAUUUCUUCCUCAACCAUCUCAAUAUCAUAACAGAACAGUGGUUGUUGCACUUCAUUUUUCGUGGAGGUGAUGUAAGUUGCAUGGUAAAGAAUUUUAUAACUGAUUUUGAAACUCGUUAUGUCUAAACAAGAAUUUGAACUAAAAAAGUAAAUAUGAGCAUGUAUAAUUGAUUUUAUCA